CGUGGCAGGGCGGAGAGGCCCUUCGCCUGCCGUUGCACCAAGGUGGGAGCGGAGACUUAGAGGAUCCAGGAGCUGGAGCAGGCUUCUCGUUGCCCUGCCCCCGUGCUCCUCGCCCGGCCUGGGGGCUCGGACUGGUCCCUGCCUCCUCGUAGAUGCCGUCAUGACUGAAACGGCGAGGGGCUGCGGAGGUCCCGAGGCGCCUGCGGAGGCGUGCGUUUCGUGCCAGGUGCCAGCGGGGACUUUGGAUCCAGCCAUGAGAGACGAGGCAGCUUUGAACACCGAUCAAGAGAUGCAGUGGGCCUCUGCCCGGGAGGACAGCCCGCUCCAAGCGCCUUCUCUGAAUAACCAGCUCUUCCUCGCCUUGCCCCACGGCCUGCGGGCAGAUCUCUGCGGGAGCCAGCCCACGGACGGCUGCGAGGACCUCCCCGGCGAGUCGCCCGAGGACAUGCCGCCCGAGCCGCCGUGCGAGGAGAUGAGUUCCCCGGAGCCCCCGGGCGCCCCGUGCAGGGGCCGGUGCCGAGGCUCCCUCUGCGAGGAGCUCUGCACGGACAUCCGGAAGGUGCCCACACAGCGGCUCUUCGAGGAGGAUCCCUGCGGGGAGCCCUGGCCCGGGAAGGCCCGGCUGCCCUCGAUCGUGGUGGAACCCAGCGAGGGGGGCGACGUGGAGAGCGGCGAGCUGCGGUGGCCCCCGGCCGACUUCUCGCUGCUCGAGGAAGCCGAGCGGGACGAGCUCUUCGCGGAGGGCGAGGAGGCCAGGAGACCGGCAGGACUGUCGUCUUUCGAAAGCGACGUGGAGGAGCUGCUCCUGUGAGACCCCUCAUGGCAUAUAUUUUUUUCCUGGGAGAGAUGGCCCUCCCAGUCUCGUGCACAAAGCAAGCUAAUUUGGCAUCUUCUUUUUGAGUUUUCAACCCAGAAGAACGAGACAGUGUCCGGACAACAGCAUUUGUCUGCUUCAAUGAGUUUGUGUGGUGGUAAUAACAACAACCCUGCCAGGCAGGCACUCCAAGGGGCUCCAGACCCUACAGGGGGUA